AUGAGACUCGAAGCUAACAUUGUGUCGCAAGGCAUGGGCGGCCUGGCCUGCGCGCUGGCGUUCGCGAGAAAGGGGUACAAGAACGUCGCAGUCUACGAGACGGCGUCGAACCUGGGGUUCGUAGGCGCGGGCAUCCAGCUGGCGCCAAACCUCGCGCGCGUGCUGGACCGCUGGGGAUGCUGGGAGACGAUCGCGGCCGAGGCGACCAACAUCAAGUCGUCGAGCAUGCGUGACGGCGCCACGGGCCGCGAGCUCGCACACGUACAAUUCCCCGACAUCGCCGAGAAGUACGGGUACCCGCACAUGGCGGGACACCGGGCAUCGCUGGCGGGCGGGCUUUACGAGGCGUGUCGGCAGGAGCCGAACAUCACGUUCCACUUCGCGACGUCGCUGGCGGACGUCAAGACCUUCGGGCCCGACAGGGUGACGUUCGUCGCGCAGCCGCGGCACGGCGACGCCUACGACGUGGAGACGGACGUUCUGCUGGGCGCGGACGGGAUCAAGUCGUUGGUGCGGGGGGCCCUGCUACGGGCGAUGGACAUCCCGGCCGACGUCGAGGACACGGGGCAGGCGGCGUACCGGAUCAUGCUGCCGCGGUCCAAGAUGGAGGGCGACGCCGAGAUGCUGGCGCUGCUCGACGCCGACUGCGCGCUGCGGUGGAUCGGCGAGAAGCGGCACAUCAUAGCGUACCCCAUCAGUGGUAAGACCAUAUACAACCUGGCGACGUGUCAGCCUGAUGUCAACUUCGCCGCGGCGCCCGGUGCUACUUACACCACGCGCGGGAGCAAGCCGGCUAUGCUUAACGUUUUCGCCGACUUCUGCCCCGUCGUCCAGCGCAUGCUCAACCUCGUACCCGAAGGCGAGGUCUGCGAGUGGCGCCUGCGCUCGUACAAGCCGCUCGCCAGCUGGACCCUCGGCGGCGUCGCCCUCGUCGGCGAUGCCUGCCACGCCACCCUGCCGCACCUGGGCCAGGGCGCCGCCAUGGCCAUCGAGGACGCAGCCGUGCUGGCUGAGGUCGUCAGCCAGGUUCGCUGUGGUGGCGGCGGCAGCGGCAGCGGCGACGAUCGUGAGGCCCUCUCCAGGACCCUCAAGGUGUACGAGAUGCUGCGUAAGGAGCGCACUUCGAGAUUGGUCGAGCUGGCCGCCUUCUCGGGCCGCACGCUCCAGCUGGGCGAGGGCAAGGCCAAGGAGGAGCGCGACCGGCAGUUCGAGAUGGCCAGGCAGAAGGGCCAGCCCGUUCCGGACAAGUGGGCCAGCCCCGAGGUCCAGCACAUGGUUUACUCGCAUGACUGCAUCAAGGAGGCCCAGGAGAAGUUUGCCGAGUUGUACGCCGGGUUGGGGGACCAGACGGGCGGUGUCAAGGUCGCUCCGAAUGGUGUGCCAGAAGCGUGA